AUGGGACUCUCGAAUUCUCUCCAUAAAAGAGUCCUUCGGAAAUCAUUGACAUUUUUCUCAAACACAUCUAUAUAUAUCAACAUUCAUAUCCUGAAAAUUAGUAAUAUUUUAUAA